GAAAAGUUGUGGGUUUCCCGCCAACACCUUCUUCCAACUGAUUUUUCUAAUUCCUCAAUAAUUUUCUGAGAUUUUUCUCUACUGUUUUUGAAAUCCUAACUCAAAUUCUAAUCUUAAUUUAUUCAUAUAAUCUUCUAAAAUGAAUCAUUUUAUGCACAAUCUCUCACUAAAACCAAAUUCUUACCAAUUUUUCUAUGUAACUUUCACUCUCAUCAAAGAACCAAUUUCUUUCUUUUCAACUUUCAUAACUCAAAACCCAGAAAUUGAUAUAAACCCAGAUCAAAUUUCCGGUAAAUUUCAUCCUAAUUCAUUAAAUUCCUCCAAUUUGGAUCACCCCAAUUACAAGAAACCAAAUAUAUCAAAUUCUAAUCUUUCUAAUAUUAAUGGGCAAUACUAUGAUAUCAUUUCUUGUAAUAAAAUGAUUACAAAAUAUAUUAGAUCAGCUGAUUUAGAUUCAGCUCUUAGAGUGUUUAAUACUAUGCCUGUUAAGAAUACCAUUACUUGGAAUUCACUGUUAGCUGGGUAUUCUCGAAAACCCGGCACGCUAGCAGAAGCCCGCCAACUGUUUGAUGAAAUUCCUGAACCAGAUAUUUUCUCCUUUAAUACAAUGUUGUCCUGUUAUUUGCGUAAUUUAGAUGUUGAUGGUGCUAGAUUGUUUUUUGAGAAAAUGCCUGUUAAGGAUAUUGCUUCUUGGAAUACCAUGGUUUCGGGUUUUGCAGAAAAUGGGAUGAUGAAAGAAGCAAAAGGGCUGUUUUCAGCAAUGCCGGAGAGGAAUAGCGUGUCAUGGAAUGCAAUGAUAUCAGGUUAUGCAGAGAGUGGGGAUUUGGAUACGGCUGUUCGGUUGUUUAGGACAGAUCCAUUUAAGAGUGUGGUUGCUCUGACUGCAUUGAUAAGUGGGUAUAUGAGAAUUGGCAAGAUUAAGAUGGCUGAGAAAAUGUAUGAGGAAAUGGAUAUGAAGAGUUCAGUAACAUGUAACGCUAUGAUAGCUGGUUAUGUUGACAAUUCUCAAGCAGAAGAUGCAAUUAAUCUCUUUAAGAUGAUGGUAGAAUCUAGGGUCGAGCCUAAUCCGUUAACCCUGACUAGUGUUCUGUUGGGUUGUAGCAAUUUAUCAGCAUUGUUCUUAGGGAAGCAAAUUCAUCAAUUUGUGUACAAGUCUCCGUUGUAUAAGGAUACGACAGUUGGGACAUCAGUGCUGAGUAUGUAUAGCAAAUGUGGAGUUUUAGAGGAUGCAUGGAAAUUGUUCUUAGAGAUGCCUAGGAAAGACAUGGUUACUUGGAAUGCCAUGAUUUCAGGGUAUGCUACUCAUGGAUUAAGUCAGAGAGCCCUUGCUCUGUUCGAUGAGAUGAAAACCAAGAAAGUAAAACCAGAUUGGAUCACUUUUGUUGCAGUUUUAUCAGCUUGUAAUCAUGUUGGACUAGUAGAUCUCGGGAUGCACUAUUUUGAUUCAAUGCAGAAGGAUUAUGGGGUUAAGGCUAAACGAGAGCACUACAUUUGCAUAGUAGACCUCCUAGGCCGUGCUGGUAAGCUUAAAGAAGCUACCGACUUAAUAAAGCAAAUGCCCUUCAAACUACAUGCUGCAAUAUUUGGGAGCCUCUUGGGAGCUGCUAGAAUCCAUAAGAAUAUAGAAUCAGCUGAGUUUGCUGCUAACAACUUGCUUCAGGUUGAUCCAACAAAUGCAGCAGCAUAUGUCCAACUAGCUAAUGUUUACGCUGUUAAUAAGAGUUGGGACAAUGUUUCUAGGGUUUGGAAGUCCAUGAAGAAAAAUAAUGUGGUGAAAAUUCCAGGUUACAGUUGGAUCGAGAUAAAGAACACAGUUCAUGAGUUUAGGUCAAGUGAUAGAGUACACCCAGAAUUGCCCGCAAUUCAUGAAAAGCUCGGUGAGCUUGAGAUAAAAAUGAAGUUGGCUGGAUAUGUACCUGAUCUUGAAUUUGCACUGCAUGAUGUUGGUGAGGAGCAGAAGCAAAAACUGCUGUUAUGGCACGGCGAGAAAUUGGCAGUCACGUAUGGAUUGAUGAAGGUGCCCAAAGGCUUGCCUAUUCGUGUUUUUAAAAAUCUGAGAGUAUGUGGAGAUUGUCAUCGAGCUUUGAAGUUCAUAUCAGCCAUUGAAGAGAGGGAAAUAAUUGUAAGAGACAGUACAAGGUUUCACCAUUUCAAAGAUGGGAGCUGCUCUUGUAAUGAUUACUGGUGACUGGUGAGGAUGAUAAUGAAACAGAAAACACUAGAUGUCUAGAUAAAUAGGUUGUGUUAUGUAUCAUCUUAUAUGGAUCAUAAUUCUUAUACUAAGUCAUUUUCUAUAUGCAUGAUUCUAAUGAUUAGAGCAAGGCAUUCAAGAGUUUUGCUUAAA